CCCAGCCGCCUAGCCGGAGCCCCAGGAACGCUCUCCGUGAUUGGGGACACGGCAACGGAGACCCCCCUCGUGGAGUGAAAUUCAAUUCACCAGCCAGUUCUCAGCGCGGUCGAAGCACUGAGGUGAGCUCGGCCUGCGCUGCGGGACACCGGAGCCCAAGAGGCCUGGCUAUGGACCUGUGGGGACCCGGCUCAGGGCAACCCUGCUGCUCGGGUCCCUAGCCAGAUGCGUGUUGGCUAUCUAGCUCAGCUUCUCUUCUCCGGGGACCUGGCGACAUCCCUCCUUCAGCCAGACGACACCACGGAGGAGCAGAGGACCCGCGCUCCAGGAUGUGCCCGUCUGAGAUGGGGACGCUGUGGCACCUCUGGUCUCCUGUGCUCAUCAGCCUGGCCGCCCUUUUCUCCAAAGUGACAGAAGGCCGAGGGAUCCUGGAGAGCAUCCAGCGGUUCUCAUUGCUGCCUACCUACCUCCCGGUGACCUACCACAUCAACAACGCCGAUGUGUCCUUCUUCCUGAAGGAGGCCAACCAGGACAUCAUGCGCAACUCCAGCCUGCAGUCGCGGGUUGAGUCCUUUCUGAUCUACAAGUCCAAGCGACUGCCGGUGCUCAACGCCAGCUACGGGCCCUUCUCACUUGAGCAGGUGGUGCCCCAGGACUUGAUGCUACCUUCCAACCCGUUUGGAUUCACGAACACAUUCUCCCUCAACUGGAGGCUGAAGGCCUACAUCUUGCAGGAGAAGGUCUACCUGGGCCAUCCCAAAGUGCAGGUGCUCUUCCAUAUCGUGGGCCGAGACUGGGAUGAUCACAGGGAUGAGAAGCUGCCCUGCCUGCGGGUCUUUGCUUUUAGAGAGACCAGGGAGGUUCGGGGCAGCUGCCGGCUGGGUGGGGCCCUGGGGCUGUGUGUGGCCCAGCUGGAGAUGCUGCCUGGCUGGUUCAGUCCCCCUACAGUUGUUUCUGGGCGCAGGAGGCCCACAGAGCAGCCAGAGGGGAGCCCUGUGGAACUAUAUUAUGCUGUACAGCCAGGGGAUGAGCGAGGGGACUGUACCAAGGAGGACUCAAGGAAAGGAGGUGGCACUCCAAUGGGCCACAAUGACGUUGAUGAAUCCAGCCCACCUUUGCACAGAAUUGGGAGUGUCUUCCUUCGAGAAACCCCCAGCAGUCCACCUCUGAGGGAACUGCAUUUAGAUAGCAACGUGGCCGUUCAUUAUGUCCCCAAGACUGUGCGACAAGGAGAUGUACUCACCUUCCCCAUCUCCAUCUCCAGGAACUGUACAGAGGAUCACUUUACUCUGAGGGCCAAGGUUAAGAAAGGAGUGAGCAUCAUUGCGGUGAGAGCCAGUAGCCCUUCCAUCUGGGAUAUCAAGCAGAGCUCGGAGUACACUGGGAAGUAUGCACCAGCUGUCAUCGUUUGUCAGAAGCUAGCUGCUGGCUCAGAAAAGAGUGCGGAUGGUGCCUCCUACGAAGUCAUGCAGAUCGACAUCGAGAUUGAAGGGCCCAGUGACCCACCCACCACACAGCUUGUCACAUGGCAGGUUGAAUACCCGGGAGACAUCACGUCUGACUUGGGGGUGUCCAAGAUCUAUGUGAGCCAGAAGGACUUGAUUGGCGUCAUACCACUGGCAAUGGAGGCUGAGAUACUGAACACAGCCAUCCUCACUGGGAAGACAGUGGCUGUCCCCGUGAAGGUGAUCUCGGUGGAGGAAGACGGCACAGUGCAAGGUCUGUCGGACUCGGUGGAGUGCAGGUCAGCCGACGAAGACGUGGUUAAGGUUUCUGACAGAUGUGACUACGUCUUUGUCAAUGGGAAGGAAAUGAAGGGCAAGGUGAACGUGGCAGUCACCUUCACCUACCAGCACCUGAGCAGCCCCCUGGAGAUGACAGUGUGGGUGCCACGGCUGCCCCUGCAGAUUGAGGUCUCAGACAUGGAGCUGAACCAGAUCAAGGGCUGGAGGGUCCCUGUUGUCUCCAACAAAAGGCCAGCUCGAGACAGUGAGGAGGAAGAUGAUGAUGAGAAGAGGGGCCGAGGCUGUACCCUCCAGUACCAGCAUGCCAUGGUGCGAGUCUUGACCCAGUUUGUGGCUGAGGCGCCUGAUCCCGGGGGACACCUGGCCCACCUGCUGGGCUCUGACUGGCAAGUGGAUAUCACGGAGCUGAUAACUGACUUCAUGCAGGUGGAGGAGCCCAGGAUUGCCAAGCUGCAAGGAGGGCAGAUCCUGAUUGGCCAGGAACUGGGCAUGACCACCAUCCAGAUCCUGUCCCCUCUGUCGGAUGCCAUCCUUGCCGAAAAGACCAUCACUGUGCUGGAUGAGAAGGUCACCAUCACAGACCUCGGGGUCCAGCUGGUCACGGGGCUUUCCCUGUCCCUGCAGCUCAGCCCCGGGAGCAACAGAGCCAUUUUUGCCACUGCGGUGGCUCAGGAACUUCUGCAGAGGCCCAAACAGGAAGCGGCCAUCAGCUGUUGGGUGCAGUUCAGCGAUGGUUCUGUCACCCCGUUGGACAUUUACGAUGAGAAGGAUUUCUCCCUGAUGGCCACCUCCUUGGAUGAGAAGGUUGUCUCCAUUCUCCAGGACCCCAAAUUCAAGUGGCCUAUCAUCGCUGCAGAAAACGAAGGGCAGGGGGCUCUGGUGAAGGUGGAGAUGUUGAUCAGCGAAUCUUGCCAGAAAUCUAAGCGGAAGAGCGUGCUGGCCGUGGGAACAGCCAACAUCAAGGUGAAAUUUGGACAGAAUGAUGGGAACCCCAACAGCAGUGAGAGCGGACACCUUGGGGCCGGGCUUCAUGUGGAGAAUAUCAACGAGAGGAGAUCCAAAAGGCCUUUGCAGGAAUGGGGCACCGAAGGGCCGUACUACAGCAGCUCAUCCAUGGGGCUCAUGGAGGUGGGGAGUACAACCAAGAGGCCGACUUUCCAGAAGAAGGAAGGCCAGGAAAGCCUGUUAGAUGACAUCAUCCUCUCACAGACCAUGGCCACAGACCUCACCAGCUUCCCAGACCAGGUGGACCUCCCCAGGAGCAACACAGCCUCUGAGGAGCAUGACCCCGAUCAGGCAGCCAAGGGCUUGAGUGACCUGGAAAUUGGGAUGUAUGCUUUGCUGGGGGUCUUCUGCCUGGCUAUCUUGGUGUUCUUAAUUAAUUGUGUGACCUUUGCCCUGAAGUACAGGCACAAACAGGUUCCCUUCGCCGAGCAAGAAGGUCUGAGUCACUCUCAUGACUGGGUUGGGCUGAGCAACCGGACAGAGCUGUUGGGGAACCACCUGAACUUCGCCUCCUCCCAAGAGGAGCAGAUCACUGCCAUUGACAGGGGUCUGGACUUCGAGGAGAGCAAACUCCUCCUCAGCUCAAACUCCCAGAGCAGCAUCAAUGGACAGCUGUUCAGGUCGGCAGGAGCCAUGCUCACAGAUGGGAAGGAACAGAAAAGCGAACCCCCCACAUCCCCUACCUCCAAAAGGAAAAGAGUGACAUUUUCCACAUUCUCUGCCAUCUCCUCAGAUGACGGGUGUUCUGCUGGGAACACCAUGGUGUUGAGUAAUGAGGAUGACAUUAAGUGGGUCUGCCAGGCCCUGGGCCCCGGGGAGUGCCCUGAACCUCACGGUUGCGUGGAGAGGCUACAUGAGCAUGUGUAACACAGACUCCAAUGUUACUCUUACCUUUCAGCCUUUAACCCGCCCGGGUAUGGAGAGUACACAUGCAGCCAAGGGGGAAAUGAGACAAGAGGACACCAUAAGGGUGACACUGUCUAUGGAGCCUUGGGAAAUGAUCCCCGCUGAGCCGGGGAGGCCCAGAGUCGGCACCCAUGCCUGUGCCGUGGCGCACAAUGUUCCGGUGCCACCUGAGAGGUUUGCUGUGCAUGGCAAAAUGUUUUCACACCUGGAACCAAGAAGCGUGUUGGAGGGUUUGCAGGGAAGGACUCCCCCCCCCCUUUUCAUCUAAGCGAUUUGGUUUUUGGGUGAGAUCCAUGCUGCUCUGAGAGUCAGUAUUUCAGACCAUGAAAAUAAAAAUUAAAAAAAAAAAAAAAAAAA